AUGAUUCUGUUGCGAAAAGAACACAACACUGCUACCACCAUGAGGUUGAGGCAAAUCAAUGGAGAAGCCGCCCUCCUUGCGGUGUCGGCGAUGCUGACCAGUGCUACAAUCGUUCCGGCCGAGGAUCAACACAAGUUUCACAAAAAAUUCCUAAGGGUUCCACCAAAAGGACCGCGUCCACUGGCACAAGCACAGCAAUCUCCAGCGAACCACACGAUAGGUGUGGACGGAAACAACGGGAAUAGCAGUGCACCAGAGCACAGAGAAGUAGUGCCGCCGGCAGCGGCAGCAGCACCGGGGGUGGCCGUGGAAGGCGGGUGUCCUUACGUAAUCGACACGGCGGAGGAGGCCAUUUCCCGGAUCAAGGACAAGAGCCUCCCGGGCAACGUCGUGAAGGUCGAGCACUUGACCUUCUGCCGCACGGGGAACCACUUCAGCAGCUUCUUCCGCAACCUCGCCCUGGGCUACUGCUGCAAGUCUAAGGUGGUGUGGCUGCCUCCAAAGGACGACGUUCUCGCGCCCGGAGUGUUGAACCAGGGAACCCCAGGGCCGCGCUGGUUCGACUUCUCGACCGCGCCCGACGUGGACGGCUUCGAUUCCAGCGCGUGUUCCGCGGACAUCACUUGGGCGGGGCAGAGAGCGUUCCACAUGCACCAACUUACCUCCCCGGAGCACGAAUUCCACACCCCCGGCCUCAAGGAGUGCAUCACGCGCGCGCCCCGGCUUCUGGCAUGCGAGGCCGCCUACUACUUCCCGAAGGACGUGGACCUCUGCCACGCCACCGCCGCCGCCGCCGCCCCUUCGAGCGAGCACGACGGGCAAUCGUCCUUCCAAAGCGAUCGGCCAGAUGACAUGGAGCGGCGACGACGAAACCGAAGGUUGGGCGACGGCGACGGCGAUGAGAGCACCAGGAAGGACGGAGCGGGAGCGGCGACGACGGGCGGGGAAGGAGCUGCUGCAGACAGCGGGGGCCACCAAACACAGGGGGAGAACGAGGAGGGCGUUGAGGGUGAGGAGAUGCGGCCGGCAGGAGAGGAGGAACGGGAGCAGGGGGGAGGAGGAGGAGGAGGAGGAGGAGGAGGAGGAGGAGGAGACGGCAACCUCGUGCUCCACGUGCGCUCCGGAGACAUAUUUUCCGAUCAAGUCUUGCCGUACUACGGCCAGCCACCGCUGCAGUUCUACCUGCAAGUGAUCCAGCACGGCGACUGGGAUAACGUCGACGUCGUCACCAACGCACAAGAGCACGAUAGUCUGAACCCCGUGGUCCCAGCCCUGCAGGCCAUGGUUGACGCGGGAGAUCUCCCGGACUCCGUGCACGUUCACACGAACCGCACCAUGGAAGAGGACCUGCUUAGCAUGUUCUGUGCGGACGGGCUAGCGCUGGCAAGGUCAACCCUGGUCUCUCUCACGGGCUUCCACUCGAAAGCCAAGCGAGUUUACGGCCCCCACCAGUGCAACCCCCAGUUCAAGCAGCUCGCCCUUAUACGCCCAGAAGUCCAGGCGUACGGCGUUGAUUGGGCGGGGGAGUACGGCGUCUACAAGAGCUGGGAGAACACCCCGGACCAGCGGGAAGAGAUGCUGGCCUACGACAAGAUCGUCGGCUUCAACCAGUGCAGCGGGGAGUGA